CCAGUGAUCAUUAAAGUGUGGUGCCGGCGGCGGAAUGUCAGUGUGGCAUGGAUGUUGUGCAAGUUUAGACGUGUUCUACCAGAUCUAGUUUCGUCUAAUCGACUCCCGAUAUUUCCUACUUCUUUGUUCUGUUUUCUCGCGACGUGACAAGAUCUUGAAGACUUCAGACGACUUGAGAAACCGCCGAGAGUGUUGGUAGUUGUUUCGGGCACCAAGCGAAUCAGCUGUUCGGGAGGAAAACACACCACAGCGUGAAAAGUGAACGAGCGUGUGGGGAGGGGAGUUACGCGACGGGUUCUCGAGCCAGGAAAAAAGGAUCGAGAACUGGAUUUUUAUUGUAGGUUUUGUCUGCCACUGUUUCAGUGUUAUUUGUGACACCUGUGUUGAGUUAUAAGCGUGUGAACGCGUGGGGAAAUUGGUCAGCACGCGGUCGAGUCUUGUCCUACGUUUCGUCCUGCUGUAAGGAAUUAGACCAGCGCGUCAGAUCUCUGAGGGGUGUGCAACAACGGUGUCUUACAAACCCCCAGGUGGACGUCUUACAAGACUUUGAGGAAGGAUUUCCGCACGGUUCCUCAAAGAUGGAAGGAGGAGGAGGAAGCAGUAGUGGUGGCAACGUCUGUAGGUGUAAGCUUAUCGUGGUAGGAGACGAGAGAGCGGGCAAGACGGCCUUACUGCAAGUCUUCGCAAAGGACAAGUUCUUGGAGGAAUAUGUCCCGACAGUGUUCGAGAACUACAAGGCAGGGUUUGAGGUGGAGAAGCAGAGAGUGGAGCUGAGUUUAUGGGACACAUCAGGACAAACUGCCUAUGACAACGUGCGCCCCCUAUCGUAUCCCGACAGUAACGUCAUCCUAGCGUGUUUUGACAUCGGAACCCCCGAAUCUCUAGAUGGAGUGGUCAAAAAGUGGCACCCAGAAGUCAGAGAAUACUGCCCCAGUGCACCUAUCCUGUUGGUUGGCUGUAAGGCAGACUUGAGACAAGACUUGAAGACCGUGACAGACCUGGCCAUUGUGGGGAGGAGUCCUGUCAGUCAUGAACAGGGAAUGACAGUGGCAAAGCAGAUCGGAGCAGUGGCGUAUGUGGAGUGCUCGGCAAAGACGUCCGAGUUGAGCAUCAGGGACGUGUUUGAGAUGGCCACGCUCGCUGCGCUGGGAAAACUCACCAAGGCCUUGCGACAGCGCACGCCGAAGAGACACGUGUCGAUGAAAAUGAGGCAGAGUCGCUCGGACAGUCGAAUGAGGGACUUGAGGGAAUUCCGCGGCGACAGGACAAAGAGCUGCGUGGUCAUGUGAUCGUGCGGACACAGACUGUAUAGAGAUUAUGUUUCACUAAUUUUAGGAAUGCAGAGUAACUUAUGGACAGUCGGAUGCUUAGAUGCCAUGUAAGGUGUUGAAUCUCAAGAAGAGAAGGACACUCCGGCAUUGGGACUCUGUCUGAUAGUGUAAAAAAGAUUUGUCAUUCCUGCGACAAGAAUACUUUAAGGAAUUAGAUUUUCAAAUGGCAAAAGAUUGCAUAGAGUAAAGUCAGUUUACCCAAGAGAGUGUUGAUUGUACAAAGGAAAAUUAAGGUGUCAUGUGUACAUAGCUCCUGCUGCUAUUAGCAACUGUAGAGACAGAGAGAGAGACCCACAAUAUUGUACUUAUUAUUGCCUAGAUGUUAGACCAUAUAAACAUUUGACUGGGGGCUAGAUUUAUCAAAAGAUCAUAUGCCAGUACAGUUCUGCCUGUCAAACAACAACCUUUCAGGAAAAUUGUAUGUUUGAAGAGGGUCUGCCAUAUGUACCAUAGUGAAAGGGGCCCUUCAUUUUUGCUGGAAGUUUAAAAAUGGCUGACUGUGUAUCAUGGUGCUCCAGGAAAAAGAAUAGGAGCCGUGCAAACUUAAAGGUGCUUUGCUUUGAGACAUGGGUGUCUUAGCAGGACUUACCAGUAUUGGUUAGGAUAUUUUGCUUUUUUGUCUUAAGAAAUAAAAUUGCACUUAUAUUGAGAUGUCAAGCACACAAAGAAGAAGAAAAUUACAGUACUUUGAAACUCUGUUAUUUAUAUUUUCAUCAAAGGCUUUGAAAUUACACCUUCCCUGCUUUAUGUGUAUUUUAUUUAUUUCUUGUGGGACACACAUUUUGAUGGCAUCCAUGGUUGAGUUCACCUGUGCGUGCCUGUGUUCCUCAGUAUGAUAUUGAGAGUUAAAGAUGUAUAUCAUUUUAAAACAACAGAAGUCACUGUUACAGGGAAGCAUGUUACCACACUAUGCACCAUGCAAGGCCAUACCAGUGAAAUAUCUCUUUUCUCAGCCUUGGUGAGAAGGCAAAUUUAAAUGAUAAGUCUCUUUAUUUGCUGUAAGUAUGAUCAGUGAUAUGAAAAACGACUUCAGUUGGAAUUUGGAAAGCCACGAUUAUAGUUUGUACAGGUCAAAAGAGUGACACCCUCAAGAGAUGUUUUGUUUCAUGAUGCCCAGACAGACAUCUAGAAUGGUGAGGAAUCCACAUUGUACAUGUGAUAUUAUUCAGUGUAUUGUUGCUUUGGUGCAGGUUGUGUUCUGAUUCCAGAUGUAAAUAAACUUUGGGAACUCUCUAA